AAAAGUAUUUUUUAAAUUGUCACAAGCAGGCUCUAAGGAAACUUCUGUGAAAAUUUAAAUUGGAACUGGUUUCGGAUGUAGCAUAGCUAUAGCUAGCUUGAAAUAGCUAUACCGUUUAAGGCUAUACUCGAUCCCUGCCCUGCUUUUUCAGUAACUUAUCAAUCAUAUGCUAGUCAAGUAAACAAAAUAAAAUUUUGAAGAAUUUUUUAGUUCCAACAGAAACUUUGGGUGAAAAUUAUGCCUGUAAGCCGUUUAGAUAUCGUUUAUAGGAAACUAAUCCUGUCUCAAUUUUUUACAAAAGGAUGGGGAGUUCCAGAACAUCUAGAAAGGCUUUUCGAUUUCAGAAAAGUUAUGUCUAAUAGAGAAACCUGCUACCAGCUAGUACCAAAAGAUUAUUCCGUCACCAUUUUAAAUUCACAAGUACUAGCAGAUUGCCACAUCAUUGAAGGCAAAUUUCAAACACCAUUUGCAAAAUACCAGCCAGGAUUGGUUUUGCCAGAAGUCGAGAAUGCAUUUUUUCAAAUGAUUCUACCGCUUCAUUGGGAUGAUGCCUUUAAACCAGUAUGUAUUCAUUUGGCCGGCACAGGAGACCAUUUUUACUGGCGAAGAAGAAAUAUUAUGGUAAAACCUCUCCUAAAGGCUGGCAUUGGAGCAAUAAUAUUAGAAAAUCCAUUUUACGGAUUAAGAAAACCAAAGGAUCAAAAUAGAUCAUGUGUGCAAUAUGUCUCAGACAUAUUCGUGAUGGGUGGCUGCCUGAUUUUAGAAUGCUUAGUUUUGUUAAAUUUCUGUGAAAAGCUUGGACUUGGCCCUCUGGGUGUCACUGGGAUAUCAAUGGGGGGACACAUGGCUUCUCUUGCUGCUACUAAUUGGCCAAAACCUUUAGUGCUAGUUCCUUGUUUAAGUUGGUCCACUGCUUCAUCAGUAUUCACAGAGGGUGUAAUGAGUGAAUCUAUUGAUUGGAGUAUGCUAGAAGCACAAUAUUUAAAUGAUGAACUAUAUUCCGAGAAACUUUCAAAAGCUUGUAAAAUAGUCGAUGAUCCAUUAGCCUGUACUUUAGGCCAAAGUUUUUCAGAUUAUCCUAUUCAGUGUGAGAUGGAUUUUACCCAAAAAUUGAAGGAAAGUUAUAUUACCCCUUAUGAGUUUUUUCAUAGUACUAAGUUUGACUCUGCCGGGGACUGCAAGGCCAUGACAUACAAAUCAUCUUUGCAAAAAGAUAGUUUUUUGUCAAAAAUUUACAAUUUCACAAGAAUGCCAUCGUUUAUUCCGAGUAAAAAAGUGACUAAUCAGAAAAAAAAAGCCAAACACGCUUUGUGGUUUAUGAGAGGAAUGAUGGAUGAAUGUACCCACCUAAAAAACUUUUCGGUGCCAGUGGACACUUCCCUUGUGAUAUCAAUAACUGCCAAAACUGAUGGUUAUGUUCCUAGACGCGGAGUUUCAAAAUUGAAUGAAAUAUGGCCUGGUGCUACUGUUAGAUAUUUGGAUUGUGGACAUGUUGGAGCCUACAUCUGGCAUAGAAAUAUUUUCAGGGAUGCAAUUAUCGAAGCAUUUACCAGAGCCAAAAAGAAAAGGACAACGAAUAAAUCCAAACCUACAUGAAGCUUCAUUUAUUUUGUAGAUUUUUUUAUUUUUUCGUUCAAAUAUUUAUUUUUUAGUUCACCUAUCCAAAUUGUUUUGUUUGAUCACUAUCUGUAUUUUAUUUUUCCAGAAUAGGUAGUGAAUAGAACCGUCAAAACUUUAGCCUUGGUACUAACCAACAAAAUUGUUUUUACCUAUGUUAUGUUUGGCCCUGAAAGGCAAAUUUUAAAAUUGACACAAUACUCUGAUGGCCCUGCCAUAAAGAAUUUCAAAGAUAUGGUUGUGAUAUGUUAAUGAAGAAUCAAAAAAUUUGUACUUUAAUAAAAGCUAAAAUUAAAACAGAAAUGUCUUUAUUUUUCUAAGCCACAAUAAAAAUAAAAUAAAAAUUAACAAAAUAAAGAUAUUCAACAAUAGCCUAACAUGAAAUAAUAUUUUUAGAAAUACCAAUAAAGUUUCAAUAAAAUGUGUACAAAUGUAAAUGCCCUUAAAAGUCUUUGGUCCAUUAGUUUGACCAAAUGUUUUGUGAAAAAAAUCCUAAUACUCCACGACUUCAUGCUCUGGUCCAUCUAGUGACAAGGCUCUAGUACCGUACAGGUACAUGUCCAGAAUCUGUAAAGUACAUUGUGCUACAAAACGAACAAAUGGCUUCACAUCUCCCAUAUUAGCAACUUUCAAUGUAUAGUAGUAUU